AGUUGAUCGUGAGAGUGUGCAGGUUAUCAGAAUGGGAGGCAGGGGCAGAGCCAGUGGGAGUAGUUAUACUCCUGUCACUCCAAAUAACAGAGAAGCGACUGUCAUUUAUAAAAUCGGUAUCUAUGGUUGGAGAAAACGAUGCCUUUAUUUACUGGUGCUUCUUUUAAUGGUUACGAUAAUUGUCAACUUAGCGCUCACAAUAUGGAUACUCAAAGUUAUGGAUUUUUCAAUAGAUGGUAUGGGUAAACUCAGAAUAACCGAUAAAGGACUGCGUCUGGAGGGGGAGAGUGAAUUUCUGAGGCCACUAUCGGCUGCGGAGAUUAUUUCCAGAAAAGACCAACCUUUAACUCUAGAAUCAGCGCGUAAUGUUACACUUAAUGCACGUAAUGGAGAUGGUGACGUUUUAGGUAGACUUGUUGUAGACUUCAAAAAAUAUAAUAUCUUUACAGGUGCUGAAGGUGCAGUAUUUGAAGGAGCAAUACAAACACCACAUAUCAGAGCAGAAGCAAGAGAAGAACUCAGAUUGGAAUCCACUACUAGAUCCUUAUACAUGCAGGCCCCUGAGGGUAUUGAAUUAGAUGCAGAAGGUGGUGAUUUCACAGCUACUUGCCGUACUGAUCUCAGGCUUCAGUCAAAACAAGGCUCUAUUGUAUUAGAUACAAAAAAUAUAGAAUUCAAAAGUUUACAGAAAUCCUCAGCCGGCUCCACAGGAGGAACAUAUUACCCUGACGUAUAUGAACUAUGUACAUGUUUAAGUGGCAAACUCUUCAUAGCUGAUGCAGAGUCUGGCUGUCGAGUAUCCGAAGAUAUAUGCAAUUAAACCAGAUAUUAGUGGAACUAAAUACGUCUCAUAUAACACUUGCAUGGUGUCACACUAACUAAGCCCUAUUAAAAAGUCCACCAUUGUGCACACUCUACAAAGCCAUACAAUAAACUGUGAUACUAGGUGACUGAUGUAGGUGGUAAGAACAGUGUCUGCACUACUGCAAUUUUCAGCCAU